AUGCCACCCGUGACACGUAUCUGCGCUUGGAAAUACAAGGAUUCCGUAAGCGCUGAGAAGCGCCGCGAGAAGCUCGACGGCCUCAUGAAGGUCUAUGAUGAGCUCAAGAACCUCACCAACUAUGGUCCUGUCGGAGGAAAGGAUAUAUCGGGCCUUGGACAGAGUCACGGUUACGAUAUAGCGUAUGUCGUCGAAUACAAGAGUCAGGAAACUACAGCCGAGUUCAACGCCAGCCCGGUUCAUCUGGGAUACGCUGCUACCUUGACGCCGCUCAUCGACGGUCUCUUCGUGUAUGAUCUGAUCAAAGGCGAUUAUGGUGUUUAG